ACGGUGCUGGCUCGGACGCAGGCUCACACACACUGGGAGCUCGGCACCUAUCGGCUUGGAACAUAAAUUGUCCUCCAUAAAAGCCAGCGAGCCAUGCAGCUACCGCAUUGACUGGGAAGCUUUCCACGUCGAGCCAACAUCUUGCCCACGGCUAGCUAGGAGCGAGGGUUCAGCGAGCAGCCUCAAUUUUGUACUUCAUUCCUAGCUAGCGACGAGCUGCGACCUGUGUCUGCUAUUUACCUAAAAGGGGGUGUGGCGUUUCUCUCUACCAGGAAGAGAACCAAACUCUUACAUCUUAUUUUGCCAAUGUAGAUGUUUUGAGCGACACGCCGGAUAGAGAGAGAGACAGAGAGAGCGUCGUCCUGUGAGUAUUCAUUCCGCCUCUACGGCAGCGAAACAACGCAGGAGGGUGCUGGUGCCUGGGGUGAUACUGGCGGUGGGAAAGGGAGGUGCAGUUUGCCACCAAACAGCCUGAAGAUGACGAUGUCCGUCCCGGAGAGGAAAUCGGGAUCGGAGGGAAAAGAGGAGGAGAGCGAGGAUGAGAGUGAGAUCCUGGAGGAGAGCCCCUGUGGACGCUGGCAGAAGCGCAAAGAGCAGGUGAGCCAAGGUAAUGUCCCAGGUGUGGAGAGCGCCUCCCUGGCCAUGGACACCGAGGAGGGGGUGGAAGUGGUGUGGAAUGAGGUGCUUUUCUCAGACAAGAAGGUGUUCAAAGCACAGGAGGAGAAGAUCAAGGAGAUGUUUGAGAACCUGAUGCAGGUGGAACACCCCAACAUCGUCAAGUUCCACAAGUACUGGCUGGACAUGAAGGAGAGUCAGGCUCGGGUCAUCUUCAUCACUGAAUACAUGUCAUCGGGCAGCCUCAAGCAGUUUCUGAAGAAAACCAAGAAGAACCACAAGACCAUGAAUGUGAAGGCCUGGAAAAGAUGGUGCACCCAGAUUCUCUCUGCCCUCAGUUAUCUGCACUCUUGUGAUCCACCAAUAAUCCAUGGCAACCUGACUUGUGACACCAUCUUCAUCCAGCACAACGGACUCAUCAAGAUCGGCUCAGUGUGGCAUCGACUGUUUGUUAAUGUAUUCCCGGACGCCAACGUCCAAGGCAAGGGGAGGCAACAUCGCGACGAGCAAAGGAAUCUUCAUUUUUUUGCACCAGAAUAUGGAACUGGUGAAGAUGAUUAUGCCAUAGACAUUUUCUCCUUUGGCAUCUGUGCUCUGGAGAUGGCAGUGUUGGAGAUCCAGGCCAAUGGAGAUGCUGCCGUCUCCAAGGAGGCCAUUGUGAAUGCAGGUCAAUCUCUGGAAGACCCUCUCAUGAGAGAGUUCACCCAGUCAUGUUUGCGCCAUGACGCCAAGCUCCGUCCUACCGCCCACGACCUUCUCUUCCACCGGGUCCUGUUUGAGGUCCACUCCCUCAAGCUGCUGGCCGCCCACUGCCUCAUUAACAACCAGUACUUGCUUCCCGAGAACUGCGUGGAGGAGAGGACCAAGUCCUUUGACCCCAACGCUGUCAUGGCAGAGAUCAAGCAUGAAGACAGGCUGGGAGUUCAGCUAAAGUACUCCCACGUGUCCCCUUUGGAACUGGAUAAGUUUCUGGAGGAUGUAAAGAAUGGGAUUUACCCCUUGAUGAACUUUGCGUCAUCUCGACCACACCCCGUCCCCCGCGCCCUCUCCUUGUCUCAGGAGCAGGUGGAGACGGUCAAGACUCCCACUCCGGAACCCCAGGAGACGGAAACCAGGAAGGUGGUUCAGAUGCAUUGUAACCUGGAGUCCAAUGAUGAAGGGACCAAAACUCAUGUGAGUCAGCUGUCUUUAUUCCUAAAGAUGGAUGAUAAACUUCAUCGGCAGCUUAGCUGUGACAUCCUUCCAACCGACACAUCCAAAGACCUUGCAAGUGAGCUAGUCCACUACGCCUUCAUCAAUGAGGAGGACAUCGAGAAGGUGGCGGGUUUCCUGGAAGACGCCAUCAACCGACACAGAGUACGAGCACUGGCCACUGGGAGCACACAGUGAGGGAGGGGUGACGGCAGCGGACGAACCCAGACGGAUGGACGGAGAGCCCGGAGGGGGGAGCCGUUGAGCACACACACCGAUGGAGAAAGAAGAAGGGCCUCUUGUGGCAUCCUACAGCCCGAAAUGGAAGGAUGCUCGACCUUGAGGGUCUGAAAAUUACAGGCGACACAAGGAAGCAAAGGGAACAGAAGGCACCGCUUGUGGCAGGACCAGAUGCAUCAACAAAACAGUGAAAGAUCGACAAAGCCGCUUCCCGAAAAGGGCUCGUCUGCCUUAACAUAUGUUGGCAACUUUUCCAUAAUGCCUCUCUUUCCAGUAUGGUUUAUUUUGCUUACAAAGCAGCAGCCGUCUUUUAAAAUGAAUGUUUGAGUACGCAUCAUUUGCACUCCAGUGUCCAUCCUGAUAGCCCAGUUUACUUUAUAAUCUCCACUUCAGUAGUUCUAUUGAUACUCCAUCCACCCUACAGUUAUUCAGCGGACUUAUUUAUUUCACUUUUACUGUGAUUGCACAAGGCGUCUUUAUUUGUUGUUGUUUUUGUUUAUUUGCGCUAUAAUAUUUUUUACGUGCAAAGUAACAUACCUCACUGCACUCCUCCUUGGCUCAAAGGUCACUUCUCCCACACGAGCAACGAGCGAUGAUGCCUGUCUUUUAGCCUGUAGUGCUCUUAAGGGGGUGUCCCCCUGUCAAAUUGUUCUGAAUGCCAAAGACUUGCAAAGUGCCUGAUAUGGCAGUGUUCUUUGGACUAAAACAGAUUCAUGUGAAACGGCAUCAAACCUAAUUGACUAAUGGGCUGUAUUGUUGAAAGCAGAGCUAGAUCGUGUGCAAGUGUGCAAAGUCAAAUGAGCGUCUGAAUGUGCAAAUGAACCUUAACUUUGACUCCCAGCUCACGAAGAGCUGCAGAUUUUGUACAUUGGGUGUAAAUAUCAGUGGAUCAUUACUGCAGUUUUAGUUCAUGGGGAACAACACAUUAUAAGACACUUGUCAAAUAAUUCAUAGCGGAGAGUGUGCAGUCAACUUUGUCAUAUAAAUGGCAUUAAUUUAGCCCCCCCAAAAUCAUGUUUUUUUCUGUGUCUCCCUGAAUACGUUCCAAUAUUCUGUCUUAACUCCGUCUAGAGGUGUGAUAAAGUACAAAUCUCCCUGAACAUUAUUUGAAUAUGUAGCAUUAGUACUGCUGUUAUGCAGAACAUGUAGAGUUUCCAUGAGAGUCCUGUAGGCUGUAGAAAAAUGAAAUCAUAAUAUCUGAUAAAAGGGUAUCAAACAUUGUAAAUUCUCGCAGUCUCACCCACUCUUAUUAGAUUCGGUCCAUACAGCAAAGCAUUUUUCCAGGAUGAAAUUAGACAUUAAAUGUUUGGCUUGUCUAUAGUCUUUUUUGUCUUAUUAAUGCAUUUUUACUCUAUGAAUUCAUAAUUUUUAUUACAGACUGCUGUACAGUGGUUGCUUAAAGUUUUACUUUGCUUGUCGGUGUUUCUCUGCAGACAAGAGUCCAGUAUCUUCCCAGAUAUUCACCUUCUAUGUAGGCUGUGCAGUACAUAUUUGUGGCUUUAUAGGGGGUUUACGGUGGAUCCAGUUCCAAUGUGAAACAGUGCCACUUCUUGCUCUUUUAUGAUCUUGUCAGCUGCAUGUCUUAAAAGCCUGCGACCACUCAAAAACUCUGCAUAUUUGCCUUUGACGGUGACGUUUCGGUUGCAGAAAGGAGGGGUCUGAUCAAGAAAAUGAAUGUUUAAAUUUUGCAAACAUGGUAGGAAAUAAAUAUUAUUAUUGGUCUUAUUUGUCAAAUUGACUUUUAAUCGUGAUUCUGUUCAAUGAAGCUUGCCUUUGGAUGUGUUCUACUUAAGCAUUUGUAAAACAAAAAAAUGGUAGCAAUGGCAUAAAUAAAUGACAAUAAAUUAUGUGACAUACUGA